GGGUGAAUGUGUUAGCGUUUUUCAAAAGUAUAAGGUGUUUUUUUUCAAAAGGUUUAUAUCAUAAGCAAUCACAAUGGGUAAUGUGUUUGCGAAUUUAUUUAAAGGCCUCUUUGGCAAAAAGGAAAUGAGGAUAUUGAUGGUAGGUUUAGAUGCUGCUGGUAAAACCACAAUUUUAUAUAAACUAAAAUUAGGAGAAAUUGUAACAACUAUACCAACUAUUGGAUUUAAUGUGGAGACUGUAGAAUAUAAGAAUAUCAGCUUUACGGUGUGGGACGUGGGUGGUCAAGAUAAAAUUAGGCCCUUGUGGAGACACUAUUUUCAAAAUACACAAGGCCUAAUCUUCGUAGUGGACAGCAACGAUAGGGAGCGUAUCACCGAGGCCAAAGACGAGCUCAUGCGCAUGCUCGCCGAAGACGAGCUCCGGGACGCCGUACUUCUAAUAUUCGCUAACAAGCAGGACCUGCCUAACGCCAUGAACGCGGCCGAAAUCACCGACAAGCUCGGUCUGCAUUCGCUGCGCAACCGCAAUUGGUACAUCCAGGCCACGUGCGCCACCAGCGGAGACGGUCUCUACGAAGGUCUCGAUUGGCUGUCCAAUCAGCUGAAGAACGCCAAUCGUUAGUGUCGAGGUGUCAGUGCGAAGUGCAGUUCUCUUAAAAAAAUUUUUUUCAUUGUACUCUUGUCGUGUCUAUAUAUCUCGCGGACGAUUCGUUGUACCAUAUGUUGCAAUUUUUAUGUAAUUUUUUUUUAUAGGUAAUCGACACGGGGACGCAAUUUUAUCUAGGAUGUCAAAUGCGGGUGAGUUUUGCCUCGAAAGUUGUUCCAUAUGGAUUUUAGAGACUCCUAAAAUGAAUGUAAGAAGGUUUUAGACACUUGUAAGGUGUUUUUAGAUAUUGUAAGAAGUUUUUAGACACUUGUAAGGCGUUUUUAGGCAUUGAUAAGGUAUUUUUAGUGUUGAAAAUCACCU